UAUGAUGAAGAAACUCAAUAUUAAAUUUCCCGCAGGCAAUAUGAAUAUUCAUUCAGCUCCAUCAUCACCCGCCAAGUACAAGGAUGUUAACUCAUCAUUUAAACAAUUCCGUAAAACGGAGGAGCCGUCGAAACAACGUCUCAAACUAACUCACUUGCAAUCAACAACUCCAGAAAUAGAACGACCGUCCAGUCCUGCAGUUUCCGCAUCUGUAUCAAAGAAAGAAACUCCGGUAGUAGAACGGGAAAAGAAUGAUAAAGUACGGUUUAAUUUUGGAAACGAUUUCACCCGCUCUAACACAUUACCGAAAACACAAAAUCCAACAAUAACACUUUUGCAAAAACGUAGAGAGAGUCAAAUUCCUCAAGGAGCUCAAUAUCUUGGUGAAAGGGAAACUUUAGACGGUGACAAAAAGGUUAUUGACUCGUUUCACGUAGUACCUGGUUCAGAUUUAUCAAAGACUGAUGAAUUCAAGGUGAAAAAUGACCUUAAGAGUCUUAGAUCUCCUAAAUCCGAAUCGUUUGACGAAGAGUUUUUUGAGAAACGAUCCAAGAACUUAUCGAACGGUCAUAGUUCUAGUCCAAAACGACCGCCUUGGGAAAAUGACGAUUUACCUCGUACAACUUGGGCUGUAGACACCCGGGAAAUUAAGUAUAUUGGACAAAAACCGCUUGAUGAAAGUGGCUUACCGUUCACCCUAAGAUCUUCGGUCGAUGAAAAGGAGCACAAAAAUUGGUAUAAAGAAGUAUAUAAAUCACUGCAUAAAAAGGAGCCAAAGGAAGAACUAGGCAACACUGAAGAGACUGAUGAAAAAGAUGAUUUUUUCAAUAAUGAAAGGGAUAAUAAUAGUUUAAGCAACUCCUUUCCAAAAGAUAAUCAUAGCGUUGACGACGAUUCUGAAAGUGCUAAAGUUUGUAAGGUGAAGGGAAACAGAAAAGAUGUAGAGAGAUAG